CAGCCCACCAGGCCGAGGUGGCGCGUGGGCCGGCGGCAACGGGAGUGCCCGCGCCGCGCUGGGAGAGCCGGUGCCCGCGAGGGAUGCUGGUGAGGAGGCCGUCGGGAGCCGCCGCCGCCCUUGCCGUCCGGGGACUCUCUGGAGCCUGCCUUUUGCUGGCGGAGAAGUGAAGUCGCCGAUGGGCAGUUCCGGGGCUGGUGAGUCCGGAGCCUGCUGAGAAGUCCCGAGGUGGUGGCUGCCCUGCCCUGGCCUGCCCUGCCGCCGCACUCUUGAUCCGAGGCCAUCUUUGGUUGGCGAAGGCGGACAGGCAUUUUCCCCUGAGGGUGGGCUGAGCCCCUUUCUCCGCCCUGGCCCGCAGCUGCGAGCCUCCCGGCGGCUGUCGCCAGCGGCGAGGCGGCGUUUUUCCCAGCGCCCAGAUACUUCUUUGAUCGCCCCCUCACCCUCCCCUUCUGAAAGGGCACCUGCUGCUGGUGAGAGAAAAGAAAGAUUUUACAGCACGACGAGCCAAGAUCAAAGUAUAAAACAUCACCCGCAACAGCCCCCCAGGAAACCCCAUCCAAAAGAGGGGGAAUUUAUGGAUUGCUUGAAAGAGGAAGAGCGUGUGUAAUCGGGAGCUCUUGGAGCAGACGAUUGUUAAAUACUGCUUUCUAAGCCCUUUACAACUUUGCCCCUUCAGAUAAUUUCAUACUGACUUUAUGUGAUUUUUAAAAUUGGUCUGACCUGACUUCUAAUCCUGUGACAGUGUUUACUGGAGUUUGGCUGGUUCUCCGUGCUCCUGUGGGUACCACAUUUUAGGGAGAACCUAAACCCACCAGGGGAGAAUCUCAACCUUGACUGGUGCCACCAAAGAAGCCUUUUGAACCAUGUGGACUUUUCUUGGCAUUGCCACUUUUACCUAUUUUUAUAAGAAAUGCGGGGACUUCAUCAUUUUGGCCAACAAGGAGCUCCUGUUGUGCGUGCUGGUGUUCCUUUCGCUGGGCCUGGUGCUCUCCUAUCGCUACCGCCACCGAAACGGGGGCCUCCUGGGGCGCCGGCAGAGCGGCUCCCAGUUCGCGGUCUUGUCGGGCAUUCUCUCAGCUCUGCCUUUCAUUGGCUUUUUCUGGGCCAAGACCCCCCCUGGAUCAGAAAAUAAGGAGCAGCUCCAGUCCAGGAGGCACAGAAAAGGAACCAAUAUUUCAGAAACAACCUUAACGGGAGCAGCUGCCUCUACAUUAAUAUCUUCUCAAAGUGAUCCCGAAGUUAUCAUUGUGGGAUCUGGUGUACUUGGCUCUGCUUUGGCAGCGGUGCUUUCCAGAGAUGGAAGAAAGGUGACCGUGAUUGAGAGAGAUUUAAAAGAGCCUGACAGGAUAGUUGGAGAAUUUCUGCAGCCAGGUGGUUAUCAAGUUCUUAAAGACCUUGGUCUUGGAGAUACAGUGGAAGGUUUUGAUGCCCAGGUUAUACAUGGCUACAUGAUUCAUGAUCAGGAAAGCAAGUCAGAGGUUCAGAUUCCUUACCCUCUGUCAGAAAACAAUCAAAUGCAGAGUGGAAGAGCUUUCCAUCAUGGAAGAUUCAUCAUGAGUCUCCGGAAAGCAGCUAUGGCAGAGCCCAAUGUAACGUUUAUUGAAGGUGUUGUGCUACAGUUAUUAGAAGAAGACGAUGCUGUGAUAGGAGUUCAGUACAGGGAUAAAGAGACUGGAGAUAUUAAGGAACUCCAUGCUCCCUUGACUGUUGUUGCAGAUGGGCUUUUCUCCAAAUUCAGGAAACACCUGAUCUCCAAUAAAGUUUCUGUUUCAUCUCAUUUUGUUGGCUUACUUAUGAAGAAUGCACCACAGUUUAAAGCAAAUCAUGCUGAACUUAUUUUAGCUAAUCCGAGUCCAGUUCUCAUCUACCAGAUUUCAUCCAAUGAAACUCGAGUACUUGUUGAUGUUCGAGGAGAAAUGCCAAGUAAUUUAAGAGAAUACAUGGUUGAAAAAAUUUACCCACAAAUACCUGAUCACUUGAAAGAACCAUUUCUAGAAGCCACUGAGAAUUCUCGUUUGAGGGCCAUGCCAGCAAGCUUCCUUCCUCCUUCACAAGUGAACAAACGAGGUGUCCUUCUUUUGGGAGAUGCAUAUAAUAUGAGGCAUCCUCUUACUGGUGCAGGAAUGACUGUUGCUUUUAAAGAUGUAAAACUGUGGAGAAAACUGCUAAAGGGUAUCCCUGACCUUUAUGAUGAUGCAGCUAUUUUCCAGGCCAAAAAAUCAUUCUAUUGGACAAGAAAAACAUCUCAUUCUUUUGUUGUGAACAUCCUUGCUCAGGCUCUUUAUGAAUUAUUUUCUGGCACAGAUGAUUCCCUGCAUCAGCUAAGAAAAGCCUGUUUUCUUUAUUUCAAACUUGGUGGAGAAUGUGUUGCUGGUCCUGUUGGGCUGCUUUCUGUAUUAUCUCCUAACCCUGUGGUUUUAAUUGGACACUUCUUUGCUGUUGCAGUCUAUGCCAUAUAUUUUUGCUUUAAAUCAGAACCUUGGAUUACAAAACCCCGAGCCUUUCUCCGUAGUGGUGCUGUCUUGUACAAAGCGUGUUCUGUAAUAUUUCCUCUGAUUUACUCAGAAAUGAAGUGUGUAGUUCAUUAAGCUUAACUGGGAACCAUUUGUGAAUGAAUAUUUGAAACUCAGCAAGUCCUGAGAGACUUUUGGAAGAGGAUGUAUAUUUCAUAGUACUAUACCACUUCUAAAUUGGAACCUCUUGAACCAACAUUAGGAUUAAUUUGUUUUUGAAGUUUUUUGUAUAUAAACAUGUAAAAAUAUAUGCUUUAAUUUACAAUUUAAAAUGAAGGGUAAAAUAAGCUAGAUAUAUAAAAGGAAUGAUUGUUACCAUGAACUAGUGCUAAUACUAAAGACCUGCAGCUUUUCUUUUGAACUUAGUAUUUGGGAUGAGUCAUUGGGACAUGCAAAUAAAAUGAAGAACGAGC